UUGAGUAUCCAUUUACCACGUGCCAAGCCUUACUUUUUCCAAUUACAUUUUUUUCAUUACUAUUCAUGUUCCUGCUUUCAGGUUCUGCGCGCUCUCGCUUUGUCUCCAGCGUCUCUUAUUCCUACACGCUCCGGUGUAGGGACGGCCCUUGUCUGUGGAAUGACUGGAACAGCAGACGGUAGGAUGGCUGUGGUUGAAACGGGCUGACUGGGCAUGGUGUGAUAAUUUUAUUUUUCACCGAUCAUUUUGGGAUGCUUUCCUUUAACGAUCUCCCUGCGCCUUUUGUCUACUGUGCGUGUGAACGAGUUUACAUUAUCCAGCAUGCUUUUUCAUUACAGUUUAUAGCUUUGUUACAGAAGACGGGACUGCGCUGUCCGUUUACUAAAGAAGACUACUAGAUCUUGGAUAAUUAAACUCGGGCCAGGAUGUCCUCAAUACGGGAGGAUUAUAGGGCACCUUGGUGGACAUAUUGGCUACACAAUUUCCCUCAUGUCAACUUGAACUUUCAGCCCAUCGACAACACGUUCACUCCCCAGGAUCAGAACUACCAGCAGUCAUUAAUCUUCCUGGCCUGUAUGAUGGCUGCAGGGCUGGGCCUGAACCUGCUCUGCCUGGCCAUCUACCUGAGCUGCCUGUGCUGCUGUCGGAAAGACGACGAGGAGGAGGAGAGCAAGAGCCCCAACUCCUGCUGUGUCACCUGGUCCGCCGUCACGGCCGGACUCCUCAGCUGCGCUGCGGUGGGAGUGGGUUUCUAUGGCAACAGCGAGACCAACGAUGGGGUGUACCAGCUGACGUACUCCCUGUACAACACCAAUCAUACCCUGGGAGGGGUCGACAGCCUGGUGACGGGCACCAUGGGUAGCAUGGAGAGUGGUCUGAAGCAGCACCUGGCGAGGUUGGAUGAGAUCUUCGCUACGCGGGGAGACUAUGUACAGACCCUGCGCUUCAUGCAGCAGAUGGCUGACAACGUCAUCAAACAGCUGUCGGGCCUGCCUGACUGGGACAUGACUAAAGUAGAUGUGGUCGCUAUUGCAGACCAGACCACAUACGUAGAGUACUACAGGUGGCUCACCUACCUGCUGCUACUGAUUCUAGAUCUGGUGAUCUGUCUGGCGGCUUGCCUGGGCCUAGCCAAACAGUCUCGCUGGCUGCUGACAACUAUGAUGGUGUUUGGGGUGCUGACGUUGAUCCUGAGCUGGGCGUCUCUGGGAGCUGACCUGGCCACUGCUGUGAGCACCAGUGACUUCUGUGUGACCCCAGACAAGUUCAUCAUGAACCAGACCAAGGACCUAAUCAGUUCUGAGAUAGUGCAUUACUAUCUGUACUGCAGCCAGGCCCUCCCCAACCCAUUCCAGCAGUCUCUGACCAUCUUCCAGAGGUCUCUGACCACCAUGCAGAUACAGAUACAGGGCCUGCUGCAGUUCGCUGUGCCUCUCUUCCCUACCGCCGAGAGAGACCUACUGGGCAUUCAGCACCUACUCAACUCAUCAGAGGCUAGCCUCCACCAGCUAACUGCCCUACUGGACUGUAGAGGACUCAACAAGGACUACCUGGAUGCCCUGAUCGGUGUGUGUUAUGAUGGGGUAGAGGGCCUGCUCUACCUCUGCCUCUUCUCCAUCCUGGCAAUUUGUGCCUUUUGUGCCAUGCUGUGUGCCAUCCCCCGGGCAUGGACACAUAUCGCCAGCAGGGAGCGUGAUUAUGACGAUAUAGACGAGGGUGACCCGUUUAACCCUCAGGCCAGACGCGUGAUGACCCACAACUCCAACCAUGCCACCAACAUGCACAGCUUCUGCAGCUACAGCAGCAGUGUGGGCAGCCAGAGCAGCCUUCACCAGCCUGCCGCCCAGGCUGCCCAGGCUGUGUCCAACGCACCUGUCUCAGAGUACAUGAACCAGUCAGCGUUGUUCGGGGGAAACCCGCGGUAUGAGAACGUUCCUCUGAUCGGGAGAGGCUCUCCGCCCCCUUCGGUAUACACUCAGCAAUUUAGAAACGGAUACUCCCCCAGCAUGAGGGCUACAUACCUGUCCAUGACUGAGGACCAGAUCAGACACUUUGGGAAUGAUUUCCAGGCAUAGAGCUGCUCCUCCCUCCCUCCUCCUCUUUAAUCUCUGCCAUCUCCAAGAGGGUUCUCAAACAGGCAAACACACAUACACACAACUACUCCAGCAGUGUGUGACUUUGUGGCUGCUACACGGACCCACUUCUCGUCCAACUCACUGGACUGGACCAAGGCCUGAUAUGAGGAAAGGUGUCACACACACAGUUGUCCCAUCCCAAAUCCCAGAGCCCAGUGUCUAUGUCUUAGUCACCAUGACUCCAGCCCAUAGAAUUAGAAUGAUUGUAUUAUGUGAUUCUAUUCAUUCUAUUUCAGUUCUCCCUUGCUGUCUCCAGAGAAUGCAGCAAUGCAAAGCCCUACUAUUCCACUUCCACGUCGCAUGUUGUGUCCACUGUCUGAAGGUGUAGUCUAAAGAAAUUCUGCCGAAGUUCUCUUGGAAAUAACACUGAACUUUUCUAAUAGCUUUAGAUUGAAAUAUUUUGGUUUGUCUGCAGCAUUUGUUUUAGGCAAGACUUUUGAAAAUGUAAGGUAGAGAAAUUAUAUUUUUUUUAUAUUCAUUUAAUUUGACCUAUAACAUCAAACUUACAACAGGUCCUUAGGCCACCAAUUCAGUAUGUGAGUCCUUAUAUUUCCCAGCUCUUUGUGUAGUAGUGUUGAAAAAAAAUGUUAAAAUGGAAAUUGUCAUAAUAAUGAUUUCUUUUAAAAACACUAGCUUGAGUCAUUCACUCUGUCGAGACAAUAGCAACUUUUACAGGAAAUUGCUUUUAUAAUGAUCUAUUGUUUAGAUACUAAUGAUUUGAUUAGUCUAUUUUGAAAUUAAACUUCUUAUAACACAUA